AAAUUGAUCACUCGAAAUGGAUGGAACGACCACUCGACUCCGAGUAUCAGCGCUAUGCCGCAGAAGAUGUGCAUUUAUUAUUACUUCUGCACAAUGCACUGUUAGACAAGAACCUUAUCGGCAGGGCUACCGAAGAGCAGAGCGGACGAUAUGUCAUGCAGCAUGCAAUGGAACGGCCAUCUCCUGUUGACAUUUAUAGUCGCCAUUCCUUUUUGCCCCUCGGUAUCGUGCAAGGCCCACAAGAUAAUAGAAAGUCGGGAAAACUGGACUAUGUCCUGGAAAAAGAAGUAAUUGGGGGCCUAUAUAUUCUGCUUAAGUGA